AACUCAUAGUCGACAGAAUGCACGUGGGUGAGCCAUUUCAAAUCAGAGAUUAUCAGUCUAUGAUCCAUUUUUCUUGAUGCGAGUAGCAUUUUUCAGGCUGUCACAGCCUGUCAGUGUCACUUUGGCCUUUGUGGAUGCUAGGCUGCCAUUACUAGAGGUCCUUUCUCUAAGUGUAUCUCCAAGUAGUUCUACCAGGCAAAAGUAAAGUUGGAAGCUACACGGUUUAGCUGACCUAUGCAGUUGUUGGAGGUUCCUGGAUCCGAUCAUCACAAGACUUACAUCGUCGACUCAUAAAGUAGCAUUUGUCGCCACAGCUGGGGUCAUUCUGGUUGAGAGCUGACUUUGCUUGUUUGAAGAAUUUUAGGAGCGUUUCUUUCGCUGUGCUGAGAAUAAGAUAAAACGGGUGUUUCCUUUGCAGUAUUUGAAGUAGCUGCGCAUUCACUGCUGAACUAUAUUUUGUGUUCUGUGAAUACGACUGUGCCAACUCAGUUACUGUACGCACCGACAAGGAUGGCUGAGGGUGCAGGUGGACUUCGCGACGUGGUGCGACAGUUACUAAAAGCUGAUAACGUGAAGCUGUGGCUGGAGCCGUACACGUCAGAAGAUGGCUUUAGCGCUGGCACGUAUGACCCUGCAAUGGUUGGCCGUUAUGCUGAGGUGAGUGGUGCGUCGCAGGCUGAUGUAAUAGCCAUGCUUGAAACGCUGCGGCAACAUGCCAUAUCCAAACUCAGUCAACGGCGUGCAGGCCUGGAGUCUGCAUCAAAGGUAGAGGUUGGCGAGCAGCUCACGGUGCAGGUUCGUCGUGAAGCCGAAGCCGAGGUGCAGGUACUUAAUGUUACGGCGUCUCUGGACAAGCCUGGUGCCCAUCUGCACGGACUUGUGGCAAAGGCAGCGUCUCUUCGUGUCGGUUCAUUUCGCAUUGUUCAUUGUGGCCAGGUUGUCGAUGACGUAAAGCUGCUACGUGAGCAAGGUGUAUGUGCAGGUUCAGUCUUGAUGACACUGCCAAUAUCAGCCGAGGAACAGCGGGAGAUCAGCGAGAUAGCCGCGGCGCAUGGUGCUUCUCGUGUUCGCAAUGUAGCCUCGUCACUGGCCGGCCGAGAGGACGAUGGCGUGGGCCCGUACGUGGACAUCUGUGACCAGCAGGGUCGGCCGAUUGACUUACCCUCGGCCGAGCGCCGUGCCCUGACACUGGCUCUAACGUUACACCAGAAAGGGAGGGCCAUGCUGCGGCGAGCUUCAUCUGACAAUGAUCUCCGGCAGGCGCUGGCCGUUCUGGUUGAGGGCGAUCGUGAGUUUUCCCAGUGCAGUGCCAAGAUACUGUCACUAGUGGAUAACUAUGCCGUUCUGUGCUUGGACAUAUGCUGGUGCCAGCUGCUACUGCGAGAAACGGGUGCACUGCCGGAGGCUGAGCAUCGUCUCGCCAACUGUGAGACAACGCUGCGGAAGACGUAUGGUAAGAACAUGGAGCGGCUGGCCUUGCACAAGCAGGGCAAUGUAGGCGCAGAGAAGCUGCUUCUUGGGCGACUUCACUUGCUGCAGGCUGUUGUGGCUCACUUCACAGGCCGGCCCAACUCCGCCAGAGAGCUGGUAGAGCAAUCCAAGACGGAGCUGAGCAGCUUGCAAGUCAGCUCAGAACAGCUGGGCAUUCUGAUGUCCAUGUCUGGAUGUAGCGAGCAAUCUGCACGCAUUGCUCUGCGUGCCUGUGGCCAUGACAUACAGCGCGCUGCUCUCAGUCUCAUGGAAAAGGCCGAGAUGAGGAAGCAGAGCGAGCUGCUGGUUGCCGAGCAAUCGGCUAAUCGCAAGCGCGCACGCGCUCUGGGACGCAUUGCGAAUGGUAGUGCCUGCGUCAACGUGGACAUGUAUGACAAGCUCUGUAGCAUGGGCUUCCCGCCUAUCCUGUGCAAGCUGGCUCUGCGCCAGUGUAAUAACAAUAUGUCUGCGAGCCUUAUUGCUUUGCAGGAGAGUCGUGACACACUAGAGGCAGCUGCUCUUGAUGAGUAUCGACAGCAGCUGCAGCACAUUGACCAUGAUGCACAGGCAGACGCUGAGGAUGGCCUCGUCCAGCAGGGCUUAGCCAUGGGCUUCGACGAGUCUGUUCUCCGUGCUGGUCUGCGGCUUUACGACAUGCAGCUGCAGCCACUGAUCGAUCAUCUCCUUUCCACCGGUGGGAUUCUCGACGAAUGCCAUUCUGAUGGGGUGUCUCAGGCGAAUGGCGUCGUGUGGGACUCUGCCGGUGCCGAGCUGGCUAGAGCCCUACAGCUGGAUCCGGAAAUAGUAAAGGCGGUCGGGAAGAAGGGUCCACGCAAAAGGUCCCAUGAGGAGGACGAGUUGGCAAAGGCAAUCAAGAACGAUCUGGUUCCGGACUUAGAAGGAGAAGGAGAUGAAUAUCUGGACAGUACGCUUGAAAAGGAGUUUGAACUUCUUGAGGAGUACAGGACAAUGAUCUACUCCAUUUAGUUCAUUUAGUUUUCCACUUGCACACUUUCGUCGCCAUAUAUCUCAGCCAGAAUACCAGCACUAGGGACGUAUUAGCUUCAGCUGUACUACUUGUUUCCAUCGCUUCCCAGACUUCGUGCAUAUUUUUUACUGGAAGCUUCGUGCUGGAAACAGACCUCCAAAUAUUUUCUCCCUAACUAACAAAAUCACUGUUGACUAGACCAUAGGACGUGCAUUUAUUCGACUUAAUUUGGUGCCAUUUUUAAUGCGAAAGCACUGCACUCGUGCAUAAAAUUAUUAUGACACUGGCCAGAGUGAAUCAUGUACAUACUGUUGAUGCUUCACUGAGUAGAUCUACCAGCAAUAUUAUAAUCAAUAUAUAAUGAUGGACCCCUUUUGGGUUGGUUUAGGAUUCUAUAGUGUAGAGUUAUUUUUUAUUGUCAUGUCGUUUGGUCUAGUUAGGCAUCGGGCCAUUUUACUGGUGUUUACUAGGGUACAGUUUCUAUGCAGUAGUAGCGCAUGCGGUUUCUUGUCAAGCGUUCAAUCUUACACUUCAAUGGAGUGUUCUAUUUAUUACCGAUUUUGGGUUGUCCUGUUUGCUUUGAUCUCAAGUUGUACAUAAUUAACGUUACUGCAA